GAGUAUUUAUUGAUCUGAGAUAAUAUAUCUUCAAACUGAUUGUAUAAUAGCUCAAACAUAUGCAAAUAACUGCUACAGUUGUACGUCAUAAUAAGCUCAUUAUAACAUACGUCUGAUACGUCACUCGACCUUAAGAAAUCAACAUUAAAACUCGAAUAUCAAAGUUGAACUACAAUUAAAAUUAAAUCGACUGCAUUCUUUAAUCUCGUGCCACUUUUAGAAAGUUGUCGGCCAUUUCCUUGCAAUCUAUCUGUCAAAAAUGUCGCACUUCCUAUUAUUACACCCUUGCCGCCCUUGAUUCGGUCCACUUACUUUUUUUUACGUACAGAGCACAAGCUUCGUGCAAUGGUAUAAAAACCAGCGGCGACCAAUUGAGAUCAGUCAGUAGCCUUCGAGCAGUCUAACACAGAAGUGCACGAUGAGAGUUCUGAUUGUCGCCGCCUUCCUCGCCUGCGCCGCAGCCGCGCCCUCCGGCCUGCUGGCAGCCCCCUACGGGCAUGGCCUCAUCGGUCACGCCGGUCUUGCGGUAGCCCACGCGGCUCCGUACGCUGCCGUUGCCCACGCCACCCCCCUGGCUGUGGCCCACGCCCCAGUGGCUGUGGCCCACGCCGCGCCCGCCCUGCCCACCAUCUCCCCCGGAGACAUUGCCGGCGCCGCCAUCGACGCCCACGUUGAAGCCUCCGACCACGUCCGCGCCGCGUCCGACGCCGCCCGCGAGUACCACGACCAAGCCUCCGAGCUCCAGGGACGGGCUAUCAACGCCGCUGAAGACCACUCCUGGCAAGCUGUUAACGCCAUCCAGACCGCCGAGGCUCAGCUGGACGGUGCCGCCGCCGGUGUCGCGCCCACACUCGCCAAGCAGCUGGUAGGCCACUCCGCCGUGGUCGCCGCCGCGCCCGUCGCCUACGCCGCUCACGGCUACGCCGGCCACGCCUACGCCGCUCCCGCCGUGGCCUACGCGCACGCUCCCCUUGCGGUCGCGCACUCCGCCCCCGUCGCUUUCGCUCGUGGAUUCUACGCAUAAACUGUGAUAACAUUUAAAUACCAAACAAAAUUAUACAAAAAAUUCGGAUUUGUAAAUAAAUUAUUCCAAAAAAAUUCAGGCUAAAAGAAGCGAGGAUGUGUGAAUAAAUUAAAAUAGUAAUUUUA